AUGGGCGAGUUUGUUCCAAGUGGGGUGAUUGAAAAGGCUUCACUUCAUGACAUGAUCUACGUUGCGUGUCCUAAAUGCUUUACCUCCAUGACUUCCAAGUUGGUUUCGAAUGAGAGAUCAGGUAUUGAACUAGUGCAAGUACAAUGUUCUUCCUGUAGGACAAUUACUUGUUUGGAUGAGUUACAAGUGAAAUAUCGAUUGAAGCUUCAGCUACUCUAUGGAUCAACUAUUGUUGAUGGAAUACUAUUUGACGAAGCAGUCGAGUCAUUCCUUGGCGUUUCAGCUUUCAAGAUGAAGAAAGACAUUAUUCCCAUGUAUCCAAACAUAUCUCAACUACUGGAAGAAUUGCUGCUUGGAUUACGUGUCUCUUUUUAUUUGCAACGUCCAGCUCCUAAACGUAACGCCCAUGACGUCCAGUUUGUACGCGACCUCAAAAUCACUCAGAUUAAACCUCUCAUGCCUCAGCUUUUACCCGAGCCUGCAGUACUAUUUGCUAUCAAACUACUACAAGAGAAUUAA